UGCAACUGGUGUACGCGACAUGGCGGGCAUGGCGAAUGGUUCGGGAAAACAACAAGAGAACGUACCUCUACAACCAAUAGAAAACAAAGAAUCCGAUUCAUCAAAACAAAACGGAGACCGAAGUGAACUAGCCAAGGCAAGAUGGAAGAAAGCUAUAUCCUUUGUGGUGGCAAAUAUUAAAUUAGACGAUGCACAGUUCGCAUCAAGCAAUUCUGAAGAUAACCUAGCAGCGCCUGUCAUCGACGUGGAUGAUGAAGGUGAUGAUGAACAGUCUACUCAGCGAUCACUCCAUGAUCUAGCCUGCGAUCGCCACAUUACUGUCUUAGAAGCAGUACUAGAAAAGAAUGAAAACUUGCAAAUAAAUUUAUGCGACAGAGCUGGGCGUACUGCUCUACAAUGUGCUGUAGAAAGACAAAGCGUGAAAGCAGUAGAACUACUAUUGUCGCACGGUGCUGAGGCUUCGGUAACAAUUCCAGGCAGUGACGAUAAAUUGUUCCAUCAAGCAGUGAGAACUGGCAAUAUAGAAAUCGUCAGAUUAAUGAUUGCAGCACUAAAAGACACAGAGAUUAACACACGAGGUAACGAUGGCUACAGACCGCUACAUGCAGCUAUAUUGAAAAAGAAUAAUGUGGUUAAUAUUGAGUUGCUUGAUAAUGGCGCUGACAUUAACGCAGAAAACGAUACCAAUACCACACCAUUCUUGCUGGCAACAGAGAAAGCCGAUAUAUCUACAAUGAGAAUGUUAAUUGCUUACAAACCAGCACAGAGAGCAUCAAAAACCAAGCAUAAAGUUUACAAAGGCAGAACUCUUGUAAACGUGAAUCACAAGGAUUUAACAAAAAGAACAGCACUAAUGUUUGCCGCAUCGCAAGGAAACGUACAAAAAAUAUCACUACUUAUUCGAUACGGGGCAUUGCUGUCAGCGAUCGAUUGUCAGGGACAGACAAUUUUACACAAAGCUGUUGGAAAUCUCAAAACAUUGGAAUUGCUUUUACGGUAUGGUGAGAUAAAAAAACUCCUGGAGAAAAAAGACAAGUAUGGUAACACUGCUUUGCAUUAUGCAGCAGGAAAGUUCAUUGACAAUGUGGAGUUAUUAAUCAAACAUGGAGCCAAGCCAAAUGUGAGAAAUAAGAAAGGGAAAACUCCUUUGCAUUUUGCAGUGAGAAAUCGACGUCUUGAUAUUGUCAAUUUGCUGUUAAACUCCUUACCAGGGGACGAUGAUGAGCGAUACAAGAGCCUAGGUACUGACUAUCCGCGAACAAGACUGUUGAAUUCUGAAGAUAAGACUGGAAAAACUGCGUUACAUAUUGCUGCAAGUUUGGAUUUUGUUGAAAUUGUAAAAGAACUUCAAGAAAGGGGUGCUUAUAUUACAAGUACACAUGAAGGACACUACCCAAUACACCUGGCGAGUAACAAUGGUUGUGUUAAUACCGUGAAAUUAUUGCUAGAACGAGACAGCGAGUGGUUGGCCUGGCCGGAUAACGAUGGCAAUACGCCAGUUCAUCAUGCGGCGUGGAAAGGUCACGUAGCUCUAGUAGCUUAUCUCCUCGACGCUAAUACGCCAAUUCUUGAAAACAACAAAGGUGCCAAUUGUUUAGAUCUAGCGAUAAAAACUGGCGAAGAUGACGUGUGUAUGGAAAUAGCAAAACAUGACAAGUGGCGGCAAUGUCUUCGCAAAAAUCAUCGAGGACAGUUACGUACAUUGGUAAAUGAAAUGCCUGACGUGGCGAGUAAAUUCAUGGAUAACUUCAAGCAACCAACAACAGAUGACAGUGGCAAACACGGUUUCACGUAUGAUUUUAGUUAUUACAAGAAAGACGACGACAAAAGUCACCAUGAAUCAAGUCCACUUCAGGCUAUGAUGAAUUGUGGAAAUUGUAUUGAUCAUGAAAUUGUUGUAAAGUUUCUUGAAGUAGGAUGGGAUAAAUUUGGUUUUCUGAUGUACAUAAUGAUGUUAGUAUUUUAUAUGCUGUAUUUGGGAUCUCUGUGUGCAUUGGUCUGGAUAGAUGGACCCCUCAGGCGAAAUAUUAAUGGUACACUGGUUGAUACUAAAAAGGAUGACACAGACAAAGGUCACUUUGGAGUACAGUCAUCUUUAGCAUUAGUAGUUUUGUUGGCAGCCUGUAUUGAAGUCUUAAUUUUACUCAGUAAAUUAUACAUCGAUCCAAGAAGUUACUUAGGAUUUGUAACUAUUAUGGACUGGAUUAAGUGCAUCGGUACUUUGCUGUAUGUUAUACCUUACUUUUAUGUCUCAAUUGAUGAAAACUUUGAACGCAAUGCUGGUGCUAUUGCGAUCUUCUUUUCGUGGAUUUGUCUGAUUCUAUGCUUACAGAGUCUGCCUGUAUUUGGUAUAUACGUUAUUCUCAUUAAAAAUCACGUGUGGACUAUAGUAAAAGUGUGUCCAAUAUUCAUGCUGCCAUUAUUUGCAUUCGGAUUCGCAUUUUAUACAAUGCUUUCUGCCCAGCUGCCAUUCAAGCACCUUGUCCAGGCAGUGCUGACGUCAUGGGUCAUGAUGCUUGGUGAGAUGGACUAUGAAUCUCGUAUUCUAGGUUCCGCUGCUGGCAUUCAGGGCGCCUUGGUGUUUUUAUUCAUUGCAUUCUGUAUUGUAGCUAUAGUAGUUAUGAACUUACUGGUUGCCUUGGCAGUUGGUGAUAUGCAAGAAGUGAUGGACAGCGCUGCUAAAGAAAGACUACUUGUUCAGAUGCAGUUAUUUCUGGGAUUAGAGCGUCACGUGCUAACCAAAUUGGUGCUGUGUAUAACAAGAAAAGAUACGACAAAUGUAUUUCCUGAUAAGUACGUGGAGGUUAACAAGGAAAAGAAAAAUAUUCUAAAGUUGAUGCAAUCUGUGGUUGAGAAUGUCUUGGGCGGAGAGGAGGAAGACAAGAAAGAAUCCGGUGGAGAUAGUGAUGCUGUUACAAGUGAAGACACGCAAUAUAUGAAAGAAAAACUCGAACACAUGGAGGAGCAGUUACACGAACUUCACAGUCUGAUUCGAUCUUUUAUUGGUGAUGCUGGCGAUGGCUCUGGUAGCAAAGACACAGUUUAAGCUAUAUAACUUCUACCUUGGCUUAUUCGUGUUUGAAUGAGUUCUAUCCCAUGUAUAUUAAUACAGUGGCACCACCAGUCGCUCACCU